ACACACAUUAUACAUAGUAACAACAAAAUAGGAGUGCAUUAACUAAAAUACUAAGAAUGAGUGAAAACGAAGGGUUGAACCAAGGAUCACCAUCCUAUGAGCAUGCACAGGGAGGGCAUCCAGGUGGAUACCAGCCGGUCCAACAAUCAGAGGAAUCACCUUAUGAACAACCAGGACAACCACCCUAUGGACAACCAGUCUAUCGACAACCAGGACAGCAGCCCUAUGGUCAACCAGGACAACCACCCUAUGGUCAACCAGGACAACCACCCUAUGGUCAACCAGGACAACCACCCUAUGGUCAACCUCCUUAUGGUCAACUAGGACAGCCUUAUGCAACCCAGCAAGUUGUUGUGAGUCAGCCUGGCCAAGCUGGUUUUGUUGUAACACAACGAAGACCUCCAGAUUACAUGAUCCCAUCAAUACUGGCAUUAUUGUUUUUCUGUCCAACAGGUCUAUGUGCCAUAUACUAUGCUUACCGGGCAAACACUCUGGCAGCUGCAAGGGACAUGACUGAGGCUCAUAGGAUGUCUCAUAGGGCUAGAAAUUUGAUGAUUACAAGCAUUGUGAUUGGCGUGGCCUUGAUCAUUCUCGCCAUUGUGUUGUGGCUGACGGUUUUUGCUACAUCAACAAUCACAUAUGAAUACUUAAAUGAUCAGAUUGCUGAUUCGAAUAAGAUAGGUCAACUAUCUUCACCUUGACAUCGCUUUUCUCGAUAUUUCAUUAUCUCGAUGUAACUUUAUAAGUCCCGAUUUCCUUCCCUCUCUAUCUAUAUUGAAUAUAUUUGUUUAUCUCGAUAUUUUUAUUUCGAUAUUUUCAGAAUUGAAGUUUAAUGUCAUCCCCAACAGUUAUUUUCACACUAGUAUCCUUAAAGUUUGUUUAUCUUGACUUAUAUUUUUUGUCUGCCUCAGCAGAGGUGUAAGUAACACAAAGCAGACGGUCAUAAUGUGUAAUUAUGUUUUAAACAAGUCGAGCUGUUUUUACAUAAAACUAAAUCCUAUUAGCGUGUUGAUUGUAGUAUUAAAUUAAUUAAUUUACUAUGACUUCGAUGAAAUAGUGUCAGUAUAAAUACAUUGUCAUUGCAAUAUUGUUUACAUCAUUUCGGGAGGCAGAUGAAAAUUUCAAAUUGUCUGGAAAUUAAACACUGUUCGAACAUGAGAAACACGUGUGGAUAGCUGAAUUGACCGCAAAUAAAAACAACGCUUUUGCUUUUGUGGUGUAUUCCUGAGUUAACCUCACUAUGUGUGUUUAUCACAGACUGCUGCAUGUCCACUAGUAAACAUCCGCUGGUAACAUAUUUGUACAUUAUUGGCUUUUGAAAUUGCGAUAUUAGACGCAAAAAACAUGUUAAGUAGACAUCAUACUUAAAUAUAUAGAUAUAGAUAAAUGUAUUAGAGUUUGAACCAGUUAGAAACAAAAGACAUGUGCAUACCUUAUAUUUGAGUCAAAUAAGCUAAGUAGACCUCAUACUUAUUUUAUUUGACUCAAAUAUAAGGUAUGCACAUGUCUUUUGUUUCUAACUGGUUCAAACUCUAAUACAUUUAUCUCGACAUUUCGUUAUUUUGAUAUUUUUGACGGUCCCGAUGACUUCGAGAUAACGAGAGUUGACUGUAUUUCAGGUAUUUUGUCAGCUGAAAAGAAACAUGACUUAUUGCCUUUGUCUUUAUUCUUGAUGAAGAUAAUCAUUAUUCAGCAUUUUCUUCAGUGUGGCAAGUUUGGUUCUUGCUUAAAAUAAUAUAAUGUUAGCCUUAGCAACUGCUUUAUAUGAUACACGUGUUAUGGUAUUUACUGGAGUCCAGUAUUGUACUCCAAUGCUUUUUUGACUUAUUAAUUUUGAUGCUUAUUUUCUUAAAUUGUACUAAGUUCUUAGACUGAGACCCUGUAAAGAUGCAAAGUACUAAUUUAUUCUUGAGUGCUUUGUGUUUUUGUGGCAAAUUUAUAUUCGAAUGAAUAUAUUUAGUACAAUUAUUACGUCUGUUUGAUACAAGAUGAUUCUAAGUAACGGGUAAGUUUCAAAGCUCGAAAUUUUGUCAUUUAAAUGAGACCGAUCAGCAGUCAUGAGUUGAAGUCCCGAUUGUCUUUAAGAUUUUAUGCGAGCUUCUUCGCCUUACCGAAGUUCUACUGUACUUGUUUUAACAGGGUUGCCUUAAAGUUUAAGGGUUUGAGUAAAUCAAAUAAAGUCACUGUCAGCCUAAGUUACAUUUCAACAUUGCUUUGAAUCUCUUAUUUUGAAUCUCUACUAUUUUCUAAUAACAUAAUUUUAGUGUUUUAUUUAAUUCAAACACGCUACAUUGUAUUAGAAUCAGUUUUUUUAAUUUGACUCUUAUUUUAUCUUUACAUUUUUUUUCCUGCAUUUGUUAAAUUUUAUUUUCUGUACCAUAUAUUUGUCAGUAUUUUCAGCAUAUAUAUACACUUUUAUGAAUUAUUGCUAGAUUCAUUUUCAUAAGAUAUGUAAGAAGCUCUUUCGUUUCAUUACAUUUUCUUUUUAUAUUUGUAUAUGUUUGUUUGUAUAAAUGCUUAUUUAUAUUUGCUAUUUCAUUAAAAGUCCUCCGUUUCAGAAAUUUACAAUUUGACAAAAACAAGCAGUAGUUCAUGUUCGGUUCUGGCGAGCACUUACUUUUUUGACAUAGUCUAUAUUAGUUGUAUGUUCUUUUUGUACAAUUUGACUUUAUAGACAUUUUUGUGUGAUUUUGUUGGUCUUAAAUCAAAAGAUUCUCUUAAUUCCAAAAUUUUGAUAUAGUUUGGAUUCGACAUCAAACUAUUAUGUUUAACCAUAAGUUUAAAGAUUAGUAUUUUCAAAUCCUUUAUAUGAAUAAUAUAUUUUAUAAACAAACAUUUUUGGAGAAAUUCUGCCUUAUAUUUGAUGCAUUUCAGAUCAGGUAUAUGUUAUAUUAAUCAUAAACUAUUUUUAUUUCAUUUAUAGUUGUUUAUAUGACUGUAAUAAAUAAUUUACUUACUUAUUCACUAGUAAAGGAAAAUGACUGACAUAUUAGCUAAUGUGUUGACUUACUCUUUGGCUAUUCUGUGUAACAUCUUCAACAAUAUCUUUGGCUAUUUUGUGUAACAUCUUCAACAAAAAAACACACACACAAAUAAUAAAUGCAUAAAAUAAUUGACUUGAAGAUUUGAUACAAUUCAUGAGUUUACAGAUCAGCGAACAUUAAUUGUUGUAUUACAACGACAACUGCUACCAAAUUUCAAUUGGUCACUUGUUUAUGAUCUGACUAAUUCACUUUCUUUCCCCAUAUGACUUGGUCACCUUUUGGCUGGUUGAUAAAAAAUUGUAAGUAUAACAAUGGAAAGGUAUCAGGUCACAAGGUAGCCAAUAAAUAUGAGUGAGACUAUAAAAGGGAUUGGAGCACCACACUAAAUACCGUAUUCCGGUAUAUACUGGACAAGGCACUUGAAUGAUAAAAUGCUAAAAUCUUGCCUUUUUACGCAACGGAAUGAACUUUAACAGGUCUAAUUCAUCUUUUCACACCGAAAUAAGUACGAUAAUGAAUGAAAAAUGUAAAAAUCGGCGAAAAAAAAACGAUAUUUGUCUAUUUUGUGAUCAUGAUUUUUGCAAGCGUCUAGAGGUACUGCUCCAAUCCUGUAUUGAGUUAAAUCCAAUAAAUAUUUUAGUCAUGUUAGUCAUUUUGAUGUUGCUAUCAGGCAUUUCAGGGGUCGUAGACCAUAUUGUUGUAAGCCAAUGAAACAACAAGGAACAGCCAGCUUCAUGUCCAACCCCUUAAUAUAUGUUAGUUCAUAAAAUCUUGAGAUAUUGUUUUAAGAUUUCGUAGAUAUUUUAACGUCUUCAUUCUUAGAACAGUGGUCCAGAGUAAACAAAAAGUGUAGGCGAUUAAAUAUAGCCUGGUGUCAGUAUAUACAAGCAGAAACUUGAAAUUUUGCUACCUCACAAUUUUUUUAACUAAGAACAUUCUGUUUUUAAAAAGACCCAACAAAUUCCCCUCUUCUUUUUUUGCUGAUUACCAUGUGACAUUGCUUUACAAAAAAGUUUCAUUUCACAGAAUGAAGACUUUUAUUGUGAUGUAAUACUCUUCUUUUUUUCUUUUUUUUGAAGUUAAAAUUUUAUUUCUAUACAUUGUGUAAUUGAACAGUCAUAUUUUUUAUUUUAUAAUAUGAAGGAAAAACAAGAUAAGAAUAGAUGCAGCUUACACUUUGUCACAACAUUAUAAUUUUUAUCAUGCUCAGUAGGAAGAAGUAAUUGCUUCUGUUACAGAAUUUAUAUAUAUAUAUAAAGAGAGAGAGAGAGAGAGAGAGAUUAUUUCCCCUCAAUGUUACUGAAUUAAGACCAGUUUUCACAUUGAUGAUGAAAAAGUUGUAAGUUGAAAUGCAUAUAUAAAAAUUAAAAAAAAGAUAGCAGAAACAAUAAAUUCCCGUCUACUAUAUAAUAUUGUGGGCACCAGGGGUAUUGUGUGAAAUAUUUUAUAGUUGCAUCAUGUGCACCUUUCGGUUGUAUUCUUUUAUCCAACAGAAACAACAAUGUAAACCUACUUCAAUUUAAAACUUUUAUUUA